AUGAUCGGCAAGAACACCGAGGUGAUAUUCAUUGACGCGGCCACUCCAUCGACCCUCGAUGUGGACGACUGGCAGAUACUCACUCAAGGAGGGUACACAGCCUGCGAUGUCAAGUACAAAACAGCUAAGUCAUUUUUCAAUCGAUGUCCCAUGUUCAUGACUGCACAGCAAAAACUUCAAUUCAAGGAGGAAGAUCAGCUGGCUAUGGACCCAAGGCUAAGGUCUUACUUCUUCAAAAGCCUGUCAAGUCCGAAAAAGAAGGCCGCCCAGUGGCUGCGCAAGCAUCCUAUGGAAUGUGUUUUGUGGGCUGCAUUGAAAGCGAGGGUAGAUACAGAUGAAGAAGAAAGUUCUGAUGACGACGACGAAGACACGGAGCGAAACACACCAAACGACAAAGGCCCACUGCUGGAGACUGAGAAAGAGGUUUUAAGAAAUGUGCAGUUGACCAACCUCUUAGCUGAUUUACGUGCAAAUCCCAGAGACAAAGAGGACACUGCAGGAGACGAUAACGGGGACCAAAUCGUGGAUGCCAAUGAUGACGAUGAAACCACACACGCGUUAAAGAACUCGCUUGCACAAACUUUACCGGGGUCUUUGGAUAACCCUCACCUCAGCCUCUUACUUGAAAAGCGUUUACAGCAAAACGAAGAGAGGAUGCCGCGGGAAAUACAACGGCACGAGAGACAUCAACAGCGUCUCAGAUCAAAGGGCGUCUCCAAAGAAAAUGUACAUUUGCUACCCCACGAUCUAAACGAGCCCCUUCCCACACCGAUAAGAAAUGAUCUGGCCAUUCACGAACAGAUGACAGCCAGGGCGGAUCGAAAAGAGAAGAAGACGAGGGCAAGCGAAGCAUUCCAGUGA